CAUAUGACAGUACAGGCGCGUGAGUGCCUUCUGCUCGAUCCAGCCCUAAAGAUACUGCUCGUGAAACACCCAAAAAUUGCUUCGAAGAUCGCGUAAUAAAACGAAAAUGAAACAUUCGCGAUUACUUUUAACGAGCGUCUUCGAACUCGCUCUUCUUUUUCAAAUAUCAACGAUUCAAGCUAGUACGGAUGUGCCUGUGCUAAUCUGGGGCGGCGAUACACCUGCUACUUCGAACAAAAUUCUCGUCAAUCCCUUCGAGAAAACCUCGCAAGGAGAUUUUGAGAAAAUUGUCACGAAGUUCGUGGGCGGUUCCCUUUCGCCACUUCUCGUCUUCUUCAAGGAAGAUCUUUGUAUUGAAGAUUUGGCGAACAGUCGGGAGAGUCUGCGUUCUUUGAUGGACACUGGAUCUUUGGUAUACCGCCCCAUGGUUGAAACUCCAAUCUCAGUAUUCGAAAAGUUGCCAUUCUACAACUUAACGACGUCAGAAAAUUUGAAUUCUUUGACAGAGGGUCAAUUGAAUUUACACAAGGUUCCUAAUUUGAAAGAGAUUGUGAAAAAAUACAAUGAGAUGAAGAAAUUGAGCCCUAAUCUUGUAGCAGCAUUGACAGGAGCAUCUUGCCGGUUUGCUCGUCCAGAUAGAAUAAAAAGAGCAGUAGAUGAUGAUCCAACUCCAAAAUCAUCCGCAUUGAAGAUCAAUGCUUCAAGAAUUCUAAUGUACGCGAGCUCACAACCAAUGCUGGAGUAUGAUGAAACAAACAUAAAUGUAACAGCAACAAAAGAUCCGGUUCCAGAAGGUAACGGAAGCGUGGAAUCGCCAUUGCAGGUGAAUUUUGAGUAUUCCGUAAACAAUGGCUCAAACACUUGGACUGUCAACAUACUUUUACGUUUCUUGCACAAAUAUACGGGUUAUUAUACACCCGAAGUUUUGUACAAGCUUAACGAUGAAAAUACGACUCUCACACCAAGUACAGACGCAUCGUUCCCGUUCAAUUUCUCUUACCAUUGCUCACAGAGCGUUAAAUACAUAUCUGGAGGUGGCGUGAAAUUCAAUUUGAAAGAUUUUCAAGUACAGAUCGAUGCUCAGAAAUUUGGUGAUGCUUACGAUUGCGUUGGUUUCAUGUCCAUCCCUAUAUGGGCUGGCAUUUUCGUCACUGCUAUUCUCGCCAUCAUUAUGACUUGGGGUUUAACUAUGGUCAUGGAUAUUCGUACGCCUGACCGAUACGACGAUCCAAAGGGAAAGACCAUCACGAUCAACGCUUCUGUUGAUUAAAAUCACACUACAAAUGUACAUCUGUUUUAUUCACGAAUAUGUAAAUAUAACUCAUGUAAAGUUCUGUAUAUUUCGAUGCUGUAAUAUGUCGACUUUUUUUUUAUGCCGAGAGAAAAUCUUUUUUUCCUGUUGCAAUGAUAAAAAUUUAACUUUGUUGAGUAUCGAAUGUCUCACGAAAAGCCGCGGAAGUCACAUAAGCACGGGAACGUCGAUGUGAAUAAACGAAAAGAAAAAAUCAUUCAUAAACUGUAACUCGAGGUAUAGUGGUUUUCUUGAACAAAAAAGUCGUAUUUUCGCUCGGGAAAUGAACAAAUAAGGUACUGAAGUUCUAAUCGUUGAAAUAUGACAGAAAUUCCUACUUCACAAAUCCAUUUCUUAACUCAGAAAAAUGGUCACUAUUUUUGUUGUGAAUUUUCAAGUCUCUAUCGCCUUGAUGUCAAAGUAAAUCAAGUAAAUCUAAAUUUCAUUACAUUCCAGCGAUACGAAAUUCGACGUGUACUCAAACGAUUUGUAUUCCAUCCCGUGAUCGCCAUACCACUGUGUUCAGUAUUUAUAAUCGAGAAAUCGAUCGCAGAUUGGGCUACGAAAAUCGAUGAAAAAUAUUUUUUUUGCGUCCAUAAACUUAUAAGCGAAACCAAUAAACACAGCAGAAUUUUCGCUAUAUUCCAACGAUCGAACUUCGAUACGAUAGAAAACGCGAUUGCCUGGAAAGAGGAGAGUUUUUCGCGAGCAUUACAGAAAUACCGACUGAAUGAGAGUGAUAAGGUAAUAGUUGUAGAAGAAAACAUUGUGAGACCUGAUAGUUUAUCACCAACCUCAUUUCCGUGACUCUGUUCUCAUCGAAAUUCUUAAUCGUCAGCUGCCGUAUGCGAUACGCGGUUGUAUAAUAUAUUAUUUAGGAUAAAUUCUAUAGGAAUAUUAAAGUAUCCAAAUUGUUUGAAUUCAAAGCGUCAUUUGAUGUGUACGAUAAAGAUAAAACAAAAUAGCUGUAUUCAACUACGUAAAAAUAAAUAAUAGAGACGUUACAAUUGA